AUGGGCAAAAGGCCAGGGAGGGAAGGAGAGGGGUAGGAGAUAAUUCCUGGUGACAGAAAGUUAAGUGUGGUGGGAGGCUGGCUUCAUGACAACAGACCCUUCCCAUGAGGGUUGCCAUAUUUUGAAAAGCAAAACCUUCAUGACUUCCACUUUUAACUAUGGAUCACUACGACGACUCACAAAAAAAGAGGACAUGCCCUGGGAAAAGAGGACAUAUGGCAACCCUACUCCCAUCCUCUCUCCUGGGGGUUGAAGGGAACCCCUUGCACCUGUUUGGGCUCUGUCUGUGCUGUGUUGUACCGAACCUUUCUCCAUUCCAUUCCCACCACUUUCCUUAACAGCCUCUCUGCACAGCUGAGCUCCAAAGAUGGUGCCAAAGACCUUGGGGAGCCGCCAGCUACUCUGCCUACGGUAUGGCCUUUCUUGUCUUUGGUUUGGUUCUUGUGGCUCAGCAGAUGGGGCUCUGCUGUAGAGCAUGUGCUCUGCAAGCAGAAGGUGCCAGCAGGUUUGCUCCUGAACAUCUUGUUCAAAGGAUCUUGAGUAGCAUCGGUAGGAAAGAACCACUGUCAGCCCAAGUAAAUAUUGCCCAGCUAGCCCACCAACAGUAUGACUUGGCAUAAAGCAGUUUCUUGUGUUCCAAUUGGUACAGGAUGUUGUGGUACCCAGAUUAGAGAUGAUUUACUGCUCCUGAUGGGAAGACGUGGCAAAAUCUUUGACAGAAGCAAAUUGUGGUAAAGAUAAGGGCAUUGCUGUGGUCACACUAGCUAUUGUUUUACACUUCUGUCGUCAAUGAAAUCAAACUUCAUUGAGCAAAUUCCAUCAGUGAAAUUGAACACUGUAUAUACAGAUUGGUUUAUUUCAGAGUGGUUUUUGCUUGUGUGAUAAUGGCCGGUAGGUGGCUCUCAGGGAGUGGUUGUUCUAAGGCAGGCCCCAACCUCUUCCUAUAGUUUCUGCUGUGAUUACCUUUGUUGCAUUUUGUCACUCUUCUUGGUACAAAGGAUUCACUUCUUAUAUAGCUUAUAUAGCUUAUACAUGGCUGUGUGUUGUAGUCGGCUUACAGUUCGUUGCACACUGCAAAACUAUUAUCACGUUACCCCGUCCCCAGCCUCCAGCAAGUAUUAAUAUUGCUCCAAAUAUUUUCAAAAUAAGCUUGGAGAAGCUCAGCAACUUUGGGAAAAGAAGCAGUUGUACACAAGGAGAGGACAUAGUUCAGUGGCAUGUAUAAGGCAAGACCACAUUCAGCGUUUUGGGGUUUCUGGGCAACACACCAUCCAUAAAAACAACCAAGAAACUUGUAGUGCUCUCAAGACACUGGUUGAAACUGUUGAGUUAUCCUUAAGCACUGUGGUUUUGAUCACACAAACAUUCCUAGAGCCCUCUGCCCAGAUGAGUCAUGUAAAUAAACUAAACCUCAAACCAAAUUAAUUUGUUUUAAAACACUUUGACCAACUCUCUGUGAUGUAGCUAAAGGGUAGCUUCACCAUUCUCUAUACCAGUACUCCCUGGGAACACUGUUAUUUCACACCCCACAGCUCUUAGGUUACCUACACAAAAUGACACUUUUACAGUAUGAAUUAGUCCACAACAGGCUGCUUGAUCCAUGAGAUAUGUACAGUGUGAUCCCAUAAAUGUCUACUGAGAAGCAAAUCCCAUUGAACUCAGUAGGACUUGCUGCCAGUAGAAGACUUCAAACCUAUGCACGUACUUGGGAGUAAGACACAUUGAGUUCUUUAACUUCCAACUAAGUAUGCACAGGAUUGCACUGUCAUUAUAAGGCAGCAAUAGCUUGUUUUGAGAAUUGUAACUGCAUCUCCAGCUUAUCGGGCCUUUUAAGUGCAUGGAAGAGCUCCAAUCAGAUUCUUCUAGUGCCAAGAGUUGAGUCAUGCUUGACAGAAGUACCUGGACCAAUCCCUUUGCCUGUGUUGUGAAUAACAGCUCAGUUACCCACCAGCGUACAAGUCUAAUUGGUGGUUGUCCCUUUGCAGGUUGGCACAAACCUUACUGACCUUCAAAUACGAAAGAAAAUCACAAUUCGUGAACUGGGAGGAUGCAUGGGCCCCAUCUGGUCUAGUUAUUACAGUGACUGUUGCUGCAUCCUGGUAAGGGAAAUCUGUCCACUCCUGUGGCUGUUUGCUACUCUUAAUUACUUACUUUCAUUAAAAAUGAAAGCAUAGGGUCUGAAGAGCCUGGAACAUAAGCACGUCCUGCACCUGCUCCUUGGCAGCCCUGUGUACUAUACUUCCACAUAGAAAAAAUAACUCAAAUUUCUAGAAAAUCUUGCUCUGACCAGAGAAUAACUAGGCAGUUUGUAUGCUGCAGCACCUCAGUGGUUCAUGCAUAUUUCCAAAUUCUUCUGGCUAUGCUGUGUUGGAAAACUCUGGAACUUUAGUUUUUCACUUUGGGGCUCCCUUUGAAUCAUUCUCUUUUUCUUUCUGUCUCUCCUGCAGUACAUGAUUGAUGCUGCUAAGCCUACGCAAAUCUCCUCAUCCUGCAUUCAGCUUCUGUCACUUCUUUCUGCUGAGCAGCUAGCAUCAGUCCCUGUACUCAUCAUUUUCAACAAGAUGUAAGUGAUAUUUAACUUUAAUCUCUGUGCAGGGGACUCUGGAAGAGGGGGAGCCGAAUUUGAUGGGCUUCAGUGACUAUUAGUAGCCAAUGGCAAGGCAGUGGGAUGAUGAGAGUUAUCAGAAUGGGGAUAUUUUAAUUUUCAGUUGAUUUGCAACCUGCUCACAAUGUUCCACUGCAGGGCUUUUCAUUGGAAAGUUCAGCAGGCAGUAAAAAGUGUGUGACUACUGUUUUCUCUCUCUACUUGGACUUUAGUGACCUACCCUGCUAUAUGUCCCUUGUGGAGAUGAAGUCAUUGUUCCGAAUCCAGGAUAUCAUUGCCUGUGCCAAGCAGCCCAUCACUGUUGUAGAGACCAGUGCGCGUGAUGGCAAUGGCUUAUCCAAUGUGAUGCAGUGGUUUCAUUCUACAACCCAAUGUGAUUGA